UCCCUCUCCCAGCAGUGACCCACCCGUCUCCUCCGCGGGCCGGCACCAGUGCCAUGGCGUCCGUCAGCUCGUCCUCCACCUAUCGCUCGGAGCGGAUCAGCACCUACAGCCAGAACGCGCCCCCUGCCGAGCCCUGCUUCGAGCCCCGCGGGCGCUUUGGGGAGGAGGGGGACAGGAGCUCCCUGCGCCACGGCCCCUUCGCCGCGCGGGCCCGGGACUCUUAUGGAUACACAGGGUCUCCGGGCUCCGUGCGCCCCUGCAGCCUGGGCAGCAACGUGCGAGCCGGGGGCGACACGUACCAGGUGACGGCCGACGUGAGCCAGUUCGAGCCGCAGGACGUGGUGGUGACCACGUACAACUACCACAUCAUCAUCCAGGCCGAGAAGGUGGCAGAGGACGGCACCGUCUCCAACACGUUCACCCACAGGUGCCAGCUCCCCGAGGACAUGGACCCCCUGUCUGUCAGCUGUGCCCUCACCGACGCGGGCCUGCUGGUCAUCAAGGCCAAGCGGGGCGUGGCUGCCAAGGCGGGCGAGAUGCCCCUGCCGCUGUACCGCACCGAGGUCCAGCUGUGAAGCCCCUGGGCACAUCACCUGCCCCCCCCACCCCGCAACCUGACAGAUGAGCUGGGCAGGUGACCCACCACCCCGCCCGGCCACAUGUGUCGAGGGCGGGGGCAGCUGGCGGGGCCCAGCAUGCCCCGGGGUAAGGCAGGCUGGCUCAGUAGGCAGCCGGGCAGGCUGGGACCACGGGCUCCAUGGGCCUGCCCGGCUGCAUGGCUGGGGCACGCACGCUGCUCCUGGCGUGCGAAGGGCUGCCCUGGGCCAGGCUGAGCCAGUCACUCACCCAAGCCCGUUGCACUGGGGCUCCCUGGGCCUGGCGCCGUCCUGUGUGGGGGCCCGUGCUACUGGCUCCCAGCACCUGGCUGGUGGCUCACCCCGGCUCCUGUUUGGAAUAAAGGUUUCUCCCACACAUGGCUGUG